UAGUGUGCUGCAUCUACGAUUCGAAGCCUGAGCUGCCGACCUGCAAAGCCCGAGUCUUGCACACACGGGGACCAUCCUAUGUAAAGACUAAAGCUAUAUAUUCUUUAGGCAGGAGCAGCUUCUCUUUCAUUCAAUGAUUCAACGCCCCCAGACUUUCCGAAACUUUUCUCCAAGGUUCUGAGACCAGAGGCGCUUCUACCUACGGGCGCUUCCACAAUGUCGUCUCUUUCGAAGCAUCCCCGGCUCUCCGUACCCGCCUCUAUCCUGCUCGGAUCGCUCCUCCUUUUCUUUGCGAGCUCUAUUUCAUAUGUGGGGGCGCAAGAGGGUCCCACGUCUCCCCCGGGCCCCAGCUUUCCCCCGCUAGUUCCCUCGCCUACCCCCCUCGAGUGCCCGGAUGGGGAGAGUUCCUACAGCUUCAACGGCACCAUGUGCUGCGCCUAUGACCGGACCUGCUUGAUCGGGGACCCGUUGAACCCUUCCCUUGCGACCGGCGCACUCUGCUGCCCCCAAGGGGCACUCUGCGUCUUUGACUACACCUCCUUUGCGGCCUGCGUGACCCCCCCCGCUGCGCAGUGCGCGUCCUGCCUGCCUGCCAAUCCGAAUUCCUUCGAUCGCUGCAGUCUACUGAAGUCGGGGGACUUCUGUUGCUCUCAGCAAACCUGUGGGGGGUCCAUUGCGGACUCGAGUCCCCACAAAUGCGCCCCCCCCCCCCAGUCCCAACGAUUGCCGCCCCCCCUCCCGUCCAAACACCUGCGCCCCCCCCCUCCAAUCCCCACCCCGACGGGUCCUUUCCCUACAUUUGCGACAACGGAAGGAGGAGCGUGCGACCCGUUCUCGGCGCUCCCCUUCACGUGCUACAACAACGCCGGUACGUCCUUCGCUUGCUGCCCGGACCCGAAAUGCCCUUCCCCGGGCCCAGUGCCAAGAUGCGCCGGAGAAACCGCGGCUCCGUCGACUCUAGCACCAACUCCAACGCCAACUGUAACUUCCCCCAUUCCAACUGUAACUACCCCCAUGCCAACUGUAACUACCCCCACGCCAACUGUAACUACCCCCACGCCAACUGUGACCACUACCCCAACGCCAACUGUGACCACUACCCCAACGCCAACUGUGACCUCUACCCCAAUGCCGACUGCCACCACGGCAGCGCCAGCUGUCACGACCGCAGCACCGGCCCCGACUCCGACAGUUACUCAUGCCACCGGCUCUUAUGUGUGCGACCCAUUCUCGACGCUCCCCUUCACGUGCUACAACAACGCCGGCUCGUCCUUCGCUUGCUGCGCGGAUCCGCGCUGCCCAAUCCCAGGCCCGACGGCUAGCUGUGCGGGGGAUCCCCCCGCCCCUCAGCCAACCCCUACACCCACACCAGCUGUCACCACCGGAGCGCCAGCUGUCACCACUGCGGCGCCAGCUGUCACCACCGGAGCGCCAGCUGUCACCACCGCGGCGCCAAGCGCUACGACGCCUGCGCCGGUCGCCACUGUUCCGGCGCCGACGGCCACCUACGUCACCGGCUCUGGCUACGUGUGUGACCCGGCGUCGGCUCUUCCUUACACGUGCUACAACGCUUCUGGGUCGUCCUUUGUGUGUUGCGCCAAGUCGACUUGCCCCGCUCCUGGAGCCACGGCCGUAUGCGCCCCAUAAGCUAUAAGCAUCCCCCACAAGUCGAGCGGACGAAGGAAGUGGGGCAGUAUCCUUUUCUGAUUAGGAGCGUGUGCGGUUCUACCGUCAAUGUGGGACCAUUUGUUUUUCAACGUACCAGUGAGAAUAAGCGUAGCAGUGUUAAUCCACGGAGUACUCUGUACGCAGUCCCCCUAUCAUGACCCUUUUUUCGCCUAGAUUCUGGUUGAUUUUGUUAGUUUUAUGCUUUACGCCCGAAGAAGAAGCGAAUUACGGAAAGGAAGUUUCUUAUCGGCGUCACGCCUAGGAUUGCUUACUUGAGAUAGAUUGCUACUUCAAUUGGAAACGGCGGCCAUGAUGAGGUAGCGUGCAGAGGUACGUAGUGUCAUGCUGAACAUGCUGCUUCGUUGUUACUGAUUGCACUGUGGCAACUAGAAUUGGAUUUUUCUUAAUGUUCAAGAUUGUCUGUAAGUGCGCCAUGGCCCAAGUGCCCAAGCGUGCCAGU